AUGAAUAUCUCAAUGCAAGUUGUCAUUGUGGUGGUCGCCGUGUGUCUGUGCUUAGCUGACGGCGCACCAGAGGCAAGGCUGACCAGAAAACAGCAGCGGCCGACUCGCGGCUUUAAGAACAUGGAAAUGAUGACCGCCAGAGGUUUUGGAAAGCGUGACAGGCCCUCAGCUAGGGCUGAACAUAACUAUGAAGCGCCGCGCAGGAUAUUUAAGCCCAAGACCAGACUUAUGGUAGCUCCUGACUUUGGUAAAAGGAGCGAUAACGAUGACAUUAACGACGGAGUUUUCGGCUUUGACAACUUCUGGGAUACACUUGAGAACACUCAAGAAAAGGAUAAUCAAGAUAUUAAUGAAGAAAAAACCAUUGAAAGCAUCCCACUGGACUGGUUUGUGAACGAGAUGUUGAACAACCCUGACUUUGCACGAUCUGUCGUCCGGAAAUUCAUUGAUCUCAAUCAGGACGGCGUGUUGUCUUCAGAAGAAUUGCUCAGAAACGUCGUUUAA